UUGAGGCGGAUCUUGGGGUUCCCCGGGCCCCUCCCCUCAAGAGCACGUUCUCCAGCUACACCGAAGAACCGCGCCUCCCCCGCUGGCGCCCUUCCCCUCCCGUCCCCUCCCCUUCCAUCCCCUACCCUCCCCGCCCCGCCCCCGCCGUCCUCGGUCCAGCAGCGGUGCCGCCGGCCACCACCAGGGCCCCCGUUGGCCGCCGUUGCCAGCAAGCAGCAUGGCACCCCCGGGGCUGCAGUAGCCGCCACCAGUCUUCAGUGGGGGGUACCCGGGAUCUCCCUGGGUGUGGGGAGGACACCCUACCGCUUCGGUCAUGGAUGUGAACAAGAUGACUGUCAGCGUCAAUAAAGCCAUUAAUACGCAGGAAGUGGCUGUGAAGGAAAAACAUGCCAGGACGUGCAUCCUGGGCACCCACCAUGAGAAAGGGGCACAGACAUUUUGGUCCGUGGUUAAUCGACUGCCUCUGUCCAGCAACGCCAUGCUAUGCUGGAAGUUCUGUCACGUCUUCCACAAACUCCUCCGCGAUGGACAUCCAAACGUGCUAAAAGACUCUCUGAGAUACAAAAAUGAAUUGAGCGACAUGAGCAGGAUGUGGGGCCACCUGAGCGAGGGGUACGGACAGCUGUGCAGCAUCUACCUCAAACUGCUGAGAACAAGGAUGGAGUACCACACCAAAAAUCCCAGGUUCCCGGGCAACCUCCAGAUGAGUGACCGGCAGCUGGAUGAGGCCGGAGAAAGUGAUGUCAACAACUUUUUUCAGCUUACAGUGGAGAUGUUUGAUUACCUGGAGUGUGAACUGAACCUCUUCCAAACUGUGUUCAACUCCUUGGACAUGUCCCGCUCGGUGUCCGUGACCACAGCUGGGCAGUGCCGCCUCGCACCGCUGAUCCAGGUCAUCCUGGACUGCAGUCACCUCUAUGACUACACUGUCAAACUGCUCUUCAAGCUCCACUCCUGUCUUCCAGCUGACACCCUGCAGGGCCACCGAGACCGCUUCAUGGAGCAGUUCACAAAGUUGAAGGAUCUGUUCCAGCGUUCCAGCAAUCUGCAGUACUUCAAGCGGCUCAUUCAGAUCCCCCAGUUGCCUGAGAAUCCACCCAACUUCCUUCGCGCCUCAGCCCUGUCAGAGCACAUCAGCCCUGUGGUGGUGAUCCCAGCCGAGGUGUCAUCUCCAGACAGCGAGCCGGUCCUGGAGAAAGAUGACCUCAUGGACAUGGAUGCUUCCCAGCAGAGUUUGUUCGACAACAAGUUCGAUGACAUCUUUGGCAGCUCGUUGAGCAGCGACCCCUUCAAUUUCAACAAUCAAAAUGGCGUGAACAAGGAUGAGAAGGACCACUUGAUUGAACGCCUGUACAGAGAGAUCAGUGUGCUGACAGGACAGCUGGACAGCAUGAAGGCUGAGAGCCAGCGGGCCAUGCUGCAGCUGAAGGGCCGCGUGAGCGAGCUGGAGGCAGAGCUGGCGGAGCAGCAGCACCUGGGGCGGCAGGCUACAGAUGACUGCGAGUUCCUGCGCACCGAGCUGGAUGAGCUGAAGAGGCAGCGUGAGGACACGGAGAAAGCCCAGCGCAGCCUGACUGAGAUAGAAAGAAAAGCCCAGGCCAAUGAACAGCGGUAUAGCAAGCUAAAGGAGAAGUAUAGCGAGCUGGUUCAGAAUCACGCUGACCUGCUACGGAAGAAUGCAGAGGUUACCAAACAGGUGUCUGUGGCAAGGCAAGCCCAGGUGGAUUUGGAAAGAGAGAAGAAAGAGCUAGAAGAUUCCUUUGCCCGUGUAAGUGAGCAGGCCCAGCGGAAGACUCAGGAGCAACAGGAUGUUCUGGAAAACCUGAAGCAUGAACUAGCCACCAGCAGACAAGAGCUCCAGGUCCUCCACAGCAGCCUGGAAACCUCUGCCCAGUCAGAAGCAAAGUGGCUGACGCAGAUCGCCGAACUGGAGAAGGAACAGGGCAGCUUGACAACGGCCGCAGCUCAGAGAGAGGAAGAGUUCUCAGCCCUCCGAGACCAGCUGGAAAGCACCCAGAUCAAACUGGCCAGUGCCCAGGAAUCCAUGUGCCAGCAGAUGAAGGACCAGAGGAAAAAACUCUUGGCAGGGACCAGGAAGGCUGCAGAGCGUGAGAUACAGGAGGCGCUGAGCCAGCUUGAGGAGCCCGCCCUCAUCAGCUGUGCAGGGUCCACAGAUCACCUUCUCUCCAAAGUCAAGGCUGUGUCUAGCUGCCUCGAGCAACUGGAGAAGAACCACAGCCAGUAUCUGGCCUGCCCAGAAGACAUCAGUGAGCUUCUGCACUCAAUGACCCUGCUUGCCCACUUGACUAGUGACACCAUCAUUCAGGGAAGCGCCACCAGCCUCCGGGCCCCAUCCGAGCCAGCUGACUCUCUGACAGAGGCCUGUAGGCAAUAUGGCAGGGAAACCCUGGCCUUUCUGUCCUCCCUGGAGGAAGAUGAAGCCAUGAAGAAGGCCGACAGCACAGCCAUGAGGAAUUUCCUCAGCAAGAUCAAGGCCAUUGGCGAGGAACUGCUGCCCAGGGGCCUGGACAUCAAACAGGAAGAGCUGGGUGACCUCGUAGACAAGGAGAUGGCCGCCACUUCAGCUGCCAUUGAGGCUGCCACCACCCGGAUAGAGGAAAUACUCAGUAAAUCUCGAGCAGGAGACACGGGAGUCAAGUUGGAGGUGAACGAAAGGAUCCUUGGUUCCUGCACCAGUCUGAUGCAAGCCAUCAAGGUCCUCGUCGUGGCCUCCAAGGACCUCCAGAAGGAGAUCGUGGAAAGUGGCAGGGGUACUGCAUCCCCUAAAGAAUUUUAUGCCAAGAACUCUCGGUGGACAGAAGGACUUAUAUCUGCCUCCAAAGCUGUUGGCUGGGGAGCUACCAUCAUGGUGGAUGCUGCUGAUCUCGUGGUCCAAGGCAAAGGGAAGUUCGAGGAACUGAUGGUGUGUUCACACGAGAUUGCUGCUAGCACAGCCCAGCUUGUGGCUGCAUCCAAGGUGAAAGCUAACAAGGGCAGCGUCAAUCUGACCCAGCUUCAGCAGGCCUCGCGGGGAGUGAACCAGGCCACGGCCGCUGUGGUGGCCUCAACCAUUUCCGGCAAAUCUCAAAUUGAGGAGACAGACAGUAUGGACUUCUCAAGCAUGACACUCACCCAGAUCAAGCGCCAGGAGAUGGAUUCUCAGGUCAGGGUUCUGGAGCUGGAAAAUGACCUGCAGAAGGAGCGUCAAAAGCUAGGAGAGCUUCGGAAGAAACACUAUGAGCUGGCUGGUGUUGCCGAGGGCUGGGAAGAAGGGACAGAGGCAUCGCCGGCUACUGUUCAAGAAGCAGUACCUGAAAAAGAGUAGAGCCGCGCCAGCGCCCCACACGUCAGAAUGUAAAUCCCUGUUCCCCUUCAGUUUGUGCCAGUCCCCACCCUGGCACACCAGGUCCUCGCAGACCUCUACUGACAAAAGCUGAAGCCCAUCGUGUCCCCUCAUGACUCCUCUCUGGGUGCAUGAGUCCUUCCCUAUGGCCCUGAUGUAUAGUGUUGGCCAUGAGCAAGCUCAGGUUCACAGAAAAACAGCGACACGGCCAACCUCUCCCGCCUGCUCUCUACUCCCUCACCGGUCAUGUCCUGCGUAGAGAGGGUUCUUGUCGCUGGGAGCGUGGAGAGGGGACAUCUGACACCUCUUCUUUUUCUCCCCCCUCCUCAGUCUUUGCAUUUUGUCAUUCGCACAAACUUGUGAGCAUCAGAACUCCGCUGGAUUGCAAACCGGACUGCCACCCGAAUCCACAGGCAGAGGGACAGGAUCGAGUGUCCUGGCGGAGAGCGCCAGAGCCGCACCCCCCCCCACACACACACACACACUACACUUUUAGCAGUUGGCGGAUCCCCUCCUGCUUCCUAUUUGGUGGUCGUUUGGUUAUUUUGGUUUUAUAUUUUGAAAGUUUCACACGGCCAACUCUCCCAAAAAGGGUUCCAGCCCCCACUCCCACCCUGAGCUCUGAGCCUUCUGAGAGGAAGCCCUCCCACACACCAUGGUGCGGCUCAGGCUACGCCUUGGUGCGCCAUCUCAGCUCUCUGUCAGUGAAGACCACUCUCCAGAGUGACAGCUCUCCUCUGAAGUCCGAAGCAGAGCUAGUGCCUUCAUUGUCUGACCCCGGGUGCCAUCUCGUGGCCUCUGUCCACCUUCACAAGCCAGGGAACACCAGAGGUUUAAAAAAAAAAAAAGGAAAAAAAAAAGGUGCCAGGGACCCAGCAGUGCAGGGGACAUUUUCUUAGGAGCUCAUAUGACCAGGUUUACCACUCCAUCACAUGCCGGUAUAGAGCUGGUGUGAGCAGCAACACUACAUCCCCCAGAGCCGACUUCCUGUGCCAUGGACCACCUCCAUCAAACCUAGACAAGGCCCUAAGAGGGACAAAAGGGAACCAGAAGUGGUUCUUUUUCCAGCCGCCUGCUUCUGCAUCCUACUGAACCAGAUAAAAGAUGGUUCUGUGUGCUACUUCUUCCAUAGACCCACUUGCUCCCGUCAGGAAGGGAACUCGGCUCAGGGUAGGACUCUUCAUAUUUAUUAUGAACGAUCUUCGUGCAACACCUGCCCAGAGAUGCUUGGGGCAAUCAGGCCCGAGGGUGCCUGACUAGGCUUGCCCUCUGCCGUCAGUCUUCACAGACCACAGAGCAAAGAGCCAUCUCUGAUCAUUUCUGGUCUCGGAUUCUAAAGCAGGCAGGUUCCUUGAAGAAUAGAGAAGCAGGGAAGAGGAGCAGGGGACCGCCGGCUAGGACACCCAUCUCCGCCACUCCCCACUCUUGCCUUCGGGGAGACAGAAGUGACACCCAUCUCCGCCACUCCCCACUCCUGCUCCCCUGAAGACAGGGUGGAGAUGGAAGGCAUCCCGCCUGGACACAGCAGCAACCCUGAAUGAAGUGACCUUCGGAUCUGUAGGGUGGAGCAGGGAGGUGGCAUCUUCCUUCUUGAUCUGUGCUGCUUAGGCGGUAGCCAGCAAGCACGUCCUUAAACCUGUCCCCUGUGGGACACGGCUCGGCUUUGCUGGGCACUGGGUUGUGAGACUGAUGUUUGAUCACUGUGAAUCAACCCCCUUCUUCUUGUUCCACCCGCCCCCACUCUGUCCCCGAGUAUUUUCUAAGCUGGCACUCCGGGAACUCCCAGCAACGCAGACGGCUGCUGAGACACAUGACCUGCAGUAGGAACGGCCCAGUCUGGUGCCAGAAGAAUGUUUCUCUGCUUAGCAUUUCCUGCAUCCGAGGACCAGAACAAGCAAUGUGUGGCAUUGUUGGCCCGUUUCUGCCCAUGAAGCCAAUCCAUGUGCUCACCGCAGGUCAGCUUUUCCAAAGGUACACGUGUCCCAGCAAGAGGAAAUCAAACAGCAACAGAGCAGGGCACAUCUCUAAAACCCUAAUAAUUAAUCUCUUCCUGAGUAGCAAAACAGUCAAGCGCCCCAGCACGAGGUGAAUCAACAGCUCAGCGUCGCAUCAGAACUGUUUAGUGUAAUUCAAGUUGGGAAUUGCCUUUCUUUAGCCAGGCUUGGUAGUGCAGACCUGUAAUCUUGGCAUUCAGGAGACUGAGGCAGGAUGAUCCUGAAUUUAAGGACAGCCUGGGCUACAUUCUGAGACCUUGUCUCAAAAAAAGAAUUUAAUAAAAAUUGGA